AUGGAUUCCGUAUUCAUCCAAGUCGAUGUGUAUUUUCAAGGAAUCUUCACAAAAUACCCCAUACGCUACACCGGGGGGAUUACUCAGAGGUUUUUGGACAUCGAUUUCGCAGGCAUGGACACGAACGAGUGUUAUGAGUUUAUCGAACAGUUCACUGGAGAAAAGUGUGAGAAGCUCUAUUACUGCAAACUAGAUAUUCAUUUUCCUAAAGACCAUUUUGGUAAUAGUAACAUGCAAGAAUGGUUGGAAGAACACAAAGAAGAGGUUGUUGAUAACAUAGUGGAAGAAGUGAUUGAUGGUGCAGGACUAAUUAAAGAAAUUGAGACAGACCAUUUGGAUGAGUAUGAGGAUGAAAAUGAAGAUGAGGAUGAGGAUGAGGAUGACCAUGGGGCUGAGGAUGUGGAUGUUGAUGAAGAUGAGGAUAACCAUAGCAAUCCUCAUUUUUUCAAAAGGGAUAAUGGCCCUGAUGUUGACAUGGGUGAGAAUGCCGCUUUGGGUGAUCCUUUGGAAGAAGCCAUGCAUUGGCAGGUUGUGUCUUGUGGGGGUAUGAAGUUUGAAACAAGGAAAAUGGAUGAGUUGUACAUUGUUGAUGUCACAAAAAAGGAAUAA